AUGGCAAGUCCUUCGGAAAUGGAACGGUCCGAGAGAAAACGCCAGUACUCAGCAUUGAGACGGGCAAUCCACCGUGCAGCAAAUCCCGCUCUCACUGCCAAAUUUUCUUUGUGCAAUGACACCGAGCGCUUUGCAAUGCUGAAACAAUGGGUGGUAAACCCAGACACCUCCUCAAUUGAGAUUGAGGAACGCUACGUUUCAUGGGUGGAGGAGCUCAGGACAGAUCGCUAUGUUUCAGUCUCAAUCUUCCAACUCGAGAAGAUCUAUGGGAAGAGUACUGAGGCGAAGAAAUUCAUCGCGGAGCUGUGCAAGGGACACUUGGAUUUCAUCGGCAUGUUUUCUUUGGAAGGGAUCAACUUCUCACCUUGCCAAUCCACCCUUGUUCAAUCCCGUCAAUCCCUGUGCAAAUCAGGACAGGAGGGCACUCCCCAUCCCCAAGCGCCAGAAUCCAAGAAGGGACGCAUCUACAAGGUCCUCAAGGAGGUGAUCCAUGAGCAGAAGCAAGGCAGUACAGGGUCCAGCUCAAUGAGCUUGAGUGGGCGUGUCCGUGGGCAAGCAGCCAAGGAGAUGCUGAGCAAACAGCUUGGCAAGGCUUUGGAUGGCUUUGGUCAGGGAACUCUGGACCUGAAGACUGGCCGGAUCAACCAAAAGAAAGUCAAGAAACCCAAGACACCAGAACAACUUGCACUUCAGGAAUGCAAGGUUCUCCAUGGAAAGACUCUGAUCUCGGACAUCCAGAAGUAUGGUGUUCGCAAUUCCGAUGAAUUGCUUUCGGCUUUGCGAUUGCAUGCUUUGAUUGAACUCACAGAGUCCGGUUCUCCAGUCUUCCCAGGUGCGAACCAAGAUGAUCGCUUGAGAACUGCUUAUGUUGAGUUUUGCCGCGAGUGCCGGAGACACAAGAUCAGCUCCAUCCUUAGAUACUUUGAGCAACACCUUGGCGUCACCUCGCUUGGCAAGAGCGGAAAGAAGUACCCAUCCCUGGCGCAAAAACACCUGAAUGGAGCAGCGGGGUUGGACCAUUUGGUCUUUGACCAAGCUGCAAGACACAACCCACUUCUCCUGAGCACCUAUGGAGAAGAAGAUUUUGUGCCUUGUUGGACAUGGACACUGGAACUGGUGAACCUUACAUCAGUCACACGUUUUGCAAUGAGCUAA